UUACUUACUUCAACCAGCGCAUUGUCUUUAUACGACCAGAGAAGCACGCAGCCAAAUUGACCGUUGGAAUUGUUUUUUGAAAUCGCACUAGGCGCCCCGCUGCCUGCCACUGCCCGUUUGCUGUCUUCUUUCUUGAUUCUUUUUGCUUGCUCAACCUCAAAGAUCGAAGCUUCGGUAAUCUUAUCGUCUCAUUCGCGAUGAAGAAGCGCAGGCAGGACGCUUCUCCGGUCUCCUCGGACCGCCAGAAGUGGCAGAAAGUGUUCGACCCGCUGGUCGGGAUGAUAACCAAGCAGCAGUCUCAGCUGCAUACUCUCGUCAGGGAGAGGAGUCUGCUCGAAGAUCGUAUCAGGACCCAGCAGAAGCGUUACGACUCCGAUGUGGCUUUCCUCAGGGAGCGGAUUUCGCAGAUGAAGAGGGCUAUGGCCGUGCAAGACAUGAUGCGGUCACUUGAUGCGAUGAAGUUGGAAUUGGCCGUGGGAUUGAAGCAAAGGGAGGCCCUUUUGCGCAAAAUGAAGCUGGAUGAAGCAGAACUUGAGUUGGCCGAUUUUAAAGAGUGUCUCAACGUCCUUUGCCCUUCUGCUAACCCUCGGGAUGACUCUGAACGACACACUCCCGAGACCUCAAGAAGUAAAGGGUCAAGCCAGAAAAGCAGUGGGAGAUCUGCCAAAGAAUUAGAUGUGCGGGAUCAUUUACUGGAAGAUGAAAUUAAAAGGCUAAAGCAAGAAUACGAUGUGCUGGUUUUGGAUAAGAAUGCCGAGAUAUCUGCAUUGCUGACAGAGAAGAAGUUUGUGUGGAAUCAGUAUAAAAUAUUGGAAACUAACCUGAAUGAUAAGCUAAAGAGCAAGGAGGCCGAGAUUCGGCUGGCAAAUGAGAAAGUAUCAGGACUUCUGGCAAGUAUGGAGAAGCUCCAAUCGUCCAAUGAUGCUAAGGAUGAGGUUAUUGCUAAAUUAGAGAGUAAAAUUGCUGAUAAGGAAGCACUUGCAAGGAAGAGGGGUGAUGAACUUGUGAGGCUUGCCCAUGAAUUGGAACUGCUGAGAAGAGCAAGAUGCACCUCGGAGACACCCGUGUUGAGUCGGUGCACUACAUCCGGCAGUAUAACCUCCUCCUUGGGGAACAAGAAAGGUACCCGUGUUUCUGUGAACAAACCACCAUCAGCUGCACAAGGUUCAGAUUCUACGAAGAACUCUGAAAGGGGAGGCCGGGGCUCAAAGAGAAAAGCUGAUGAAAUCGAUUCAAGCCAAGUUACUCCGAAGCUGUUCUCAUCAUCAUUCAAAAUUCCAAAACUCAAGACCCCAGUGAAGCAAAUGAGAUGACUGCCUUGACCUUUGCCAACGCAGAUUGCCAAACUCGUUUCUAAUUGUAUAUUAUCUUAGUGUCCAGAAUUCAGAGUUCUUAGCUUAGUUUAGUGAAUCUUGUGAAUUAGCUGAGCUGUGUUAUGGACAAGUAGCUGUCCCAACUUGUAUUGUCUUCUACUCGUAGGCCAUUUUUUCAAUCCAGUUAACGUCUUGUAACUGUCAAGUUCAUCUGAAAGGAAGUAAAAUCGAUUCUUUUUUGCGCAAAA